AUGGUGUUGUUAUGCAUUCUUACAAGAGCUGAUCCAAUUUGGCCAUCUCCCAACGAUGAACUCGAGGAGAUCAUGUACCAAGUCGAGGGCUACAGGGCCAGAGACUUUGGCGGGACUGUUAUUCCGUGCUCCAACGAAGCAUCCGGACCUGGCCGACAGAAUGCUGCUGAAUGGUUACGGGCAGCCUUUCAUGAUAUGGCUACGACUACAUAUUUGAGCGGCAUACGAGCUGGCGGCUUAGAUGGCUCCUUGCAAUACGAGCUGACCAGCUCGGACAAUAUCGGCCCAGGUUUCAAUACAACUCUUAAGUUCAUGGCCGACUAUUAUACGAGUCGGUCUAGCGUUGCGGAUCUAAUUGCUUUGGGCGUAUACUAUGCCGUUAGGUCUUGCGGUGGUCCAGUGGUGCCUGUUGCUGGUGGAAGGGUCGAUGCUCUUGCGGCUGGUCCCAUAGGCGUUCCGCUACCGCAGAACACUGCUUUCACAUUUGAGCAACAGUUUACACGAAUGGGGUUUAGCAAGACCGAGAUGAUCCAAGCCACCGCCUGUGGCCAUUCUAUUGGUGGUGUUCAUGAAAAAGAAUUUCCUGAGAUCGUCCCGGUUGGGUCUACCUUAAACGGCGAAGCUCCUUUGGACUCGACUGUCGCAGCAUUCGAUAACAAGGUUGUCGCCGAAUAUAUUGCUGGUAACACUACCAAUCCCCUAGUGGUUGGACCAUCGAUCAAGGCCACUAGGAACGCAGACUAUAAGGUGUUCAACUAUGAUAGCAACGUCACAGUCAAAGCAAUGGCAGGUGUCGCUGAGUUCAAUAGCAUAUGCACAACUGUUCUUCAGAAGUUGAUCGAUACUGUGCCUGAUGGUGUGGUUUUAUCUGACCCUAUUCAACCAUAUUCUGUAAAGCCAGUUGAUAUGCAGUUGUCACUUAACUCUGACCCGUCAACAAUGCAGCUGACUGGACUUAUACGUGUUCGGACUACCGACAUAGGAGAGGAUUCUGUCUCUAGUUUAACGCUGAACUACAAGGACCGAAGCGGGAGUACCAAUUGCGGUAGCACGAAUUGCGCAUACACAGCAACUCUCCUGGGUUCCACUCAGGGGUUCGAUGAUCAAUUUAUUUGGUUUCCCAUCAAUACUAGCAUCCUAACAUCUACGGGAAUAUCAUCUUUCACUAUAACCCUUAAUAUGGCCGACGGAACCACCAAAACGUAUGAUAACAAUGGAAACACAUACCCAAUGCAAGACACCAUAUUCAUUCAAAACCCCCAAAGCUGCCUCCUUUCCGGCACUCUCACCAUUACCGCAUCUGUCCGUAACGACCGCAAAUCCCUUCCUGUAAAAUUGUUCGUUUCAUACAAGACCUCGACGGGGGAUCCCAAUCGUCCAGUUCCCACUCUGAAAAACGCCACGAUUACCAUGACAGAAGGUACCUGCGUAGGCUCAUAUACUUUUUAUACGGCGGACUUUACUGGCCUUGGCGAUCUUGCGUAUGCAUCAAAGAUCGAUGUUAUCAGCGGGAGCGAUUCAUCUUCUGUUGUCGAUGACUUCAAUGCUGCAAGCGAAUUAGAAGCAACAUGCAAACCCUUUCAAACUCCGCCAACUUCCGCGUGUACCACCGGACAGCUAUCAACGUCUCCCGGAUCACCAACUACCUCAUCUACUUCUGUUUCACUAUCCACUACUUCCUCUACUACCGUGAGCACCACAAGUACCUCUUCUACAGCACCAGCCGAGACCUUGCAUCACAGACAGGAUAUUGGUGAAGACACAUCCUCCACAAAUCCAACCUCGCCUGACAUUCUUUCCGAGAUCGCCGGGGAGGUUCGAAAGUACGAACAACGGCCGACCUACGUUAAACUAAGUUCUACUUCCCCUCGAUACGGGUUCUUGCAAUAUGCCUUGUCAUAUGAUCGUCUUAACUUACUGGGUGGUGUCAAACCUGUAAAUAAUCUUAAUGGAAACAAACAGAACCCCUCACGCUCUGUGCAAUCGUCACCCAUACGUCGUCCUUCAGACUCGUCACCUGCGCCACCACCAAAACGCCAGAAGGUCGAAGAGUACAAUGUACACACCCAGGCCCAGUUCGUCGUUGUAUUCGACCACGAUGGGACCGCUGACCGGCCCAACCCGCGGAAACGUUCUCUUGACAACCGCAGCGAGUCUCAACAUACCUUUAUAUCACAAUCGUCCACCAAAGGAGCGCCGUCGACCGAAGCGAAAAUCCCCGAAUUUCGAUCCACGGAAAGUUACGUGAGACCUUUACAUAAGAACAGGCCCCGACAUAACACUCCAAAACAACAUGUAGGGCAACUAGAUAGAGAGGUUGCCACCGAAACUCCUUUACUAAAGUCCGAUAUUGAGGACAGCGACGGAGAUGUGGAGAUCAUCGGGGCAGAGGUCAUGGUAACCCCUCAAACACGCCAUACUCAAGGGGUACGGUACUCUAUAGAAGACUUUGGGAGGCGCUUCAAGACGACAUCUGGCGCCCAGAAGAUGGAGGAAAUCAUUGAUAGUACAAUGUUAAAGGAGGACGGGUCCAAUAACCCGGUUUCCAGCCCAGAUGAGCUGGCACCAGAAACGCAAGACAUGAGAGAAAAGAUGCCAACGAAGCGGCCUACUUUAUCCCCUAGUUUGUCUAAAAAGGGUGACAUUCCACGAACGAAAUUCACCCCGCCGUCUCGUACUAGAUUACAGGGCCCGAGGAGAGGGCUUAGUGAAUCGGAUCGUGUUACGAAAAUCGUUAACUCGCCUCUUCGUGUCCUUCGGGCUGUAUCGGGCGGUCACAAAUAUGAAGGGGAGAAUUCAGAUGGUCAACUUAUGAAAGAAUACGCAUAUCUUACGGUCAAUCUUAAAAAGGUUAAACAGAUUCGUACUUCAUCACAACCCAAUUGCCUUGUGGCUUUGAUUCAGCGUGCCAUCGAUGGUUCAAUAAGUGGUGGCCAAAGUUUAUGGAUCGAAUUCUCGUCUCCCAAGGACCUUAAAAAAUUCGUUACUUGGGCGAGAGACACUGGGUCAGAUGGUCUGGUGGAUGAGUCUUCACCUUGGGGUCGCCUUGAGAAAGAACUUGAAAACACGAUACGGACCGCUACCAACCGCACUGUUAUUAGAGACGACGUGUUAAGGGGAGAUGAUAUGAGGUUGAUCGAGCACAAUUUGGCAAAUACAAAUCAGGCAAGAGCUGGCAACCUACCGCGCAUCCCAGUUCCCCAGGGGAAGUUGAAGGACACGAUGAGGCCGCAUUCUGCAUCCUCGUUAGACCCCAAGACAACGGUCAUAUCAGAUAAUCCUCGGCCCUAUAGUCUUCGACGACAACCACACAAAACUCAUUCUACAUUUGCAUUGAAAGGCCCCAGUUCGGAAUCCGAGUCCCCUGAACCUGAAUGUUGGACAACCCAGCAUAUAGGCUGGGAGAGAGAUUGGCGCAAUUCUCUUGUCUUCCCUUUUCAUGGCAAAAGUAGAGCUACCGUCGACAAGGAAGAUAUUCCUCGAUUAGAUGAGGGUCAGUUUCUAAACGACAAUCUAAUUAUUUUUUAUCUGCGCUACCUCCAACACACAUUGGAGGCAGAAAGGCCAGACCUGGCUCAACGGAUUUAUUUCCAGAACACGUAUUUUUAUGAGAAGCUCAAGUCUACGAGGACGGCUCAAGGUAUCAACUAUGAUAGUGUCAAAGCGUGGACGUCUAAAGUCGACCUCUUUACGAAAGAUUAUAUUAUCGUCCCAAUCAAUGAAUUCACUCAUUGGUACGUCGCAAUUAUCUACAACGCACCAAAACUCCUCUCUUCUCCAGGCAAGACGGAAAAUACCGCUAAGGACACGAUCAUUAUCGAAGAGGAUAUCAACGAUUCUAGAGAAGCUUCCCGUGAGGUUUCUAGCGCCUCCCCCGAUAAUGGGAAAUCAGCAGAUAAGCCUAGAAGCCUUGAAGCAGUGAGAUCUGAAUUACAGAGCGAUGUCACGAAUCACUUUAGCCGUAUGUCAAUCGAAAGCCCGGGUUUUCCAAAUGGUAUCGCUAAACAGACAAUAGCUCCGGAGCCAGAAAAUCAGAAGACGGAUGCACAGCUAACCAGUUGUAAACAGGAGGCUACAGAUGUGCGGCACGAUAAUAUCAAAGGAGAUGUGAGGCAUAUUGUGUCAUCGAAUGACAACCUCCAGCGGAAGAAGACAACGAAAGGAUACGGCACGGGCACUAGGAGACAUAGUCCGGACCAGCUAAAAAUUAUCACGCUCGAUUCAUUAGGGUUGGCCCAUUCGCCAGCUUGCAGCUGUCUAAAGCAGUAUUUGAUUGCAGAGCUCAAGGAUAAGAAAGGCAUUGAAAUACCAAAUCCUGGGGCUUUAGGUAUGACUGCUAAGGAGGUUCCCCAGCAAACAAAUCACUGCGACUGCGGACUAUAUCUACUAGGAUACAUAAGAGAGUUCCUAAAAGAUCCUGACGGGUUCGUUCGCAACAUUCUCCUACAUAACCACAUUGCUUGGGAUCUAAAUCCAUCGGAGCUCCGAAACAAUAUUAGAGACUUGAUUUUUGAUCUUCAAAAGGAGCAGCAACGUCGAGAAGAUAUUCAUAGAGAAGAGAAACGUAACAAAGCAGGGUUGCUGAAGAGGAAGGUCAGGGGUUCAAUAGAUGAGCGGCCCCUUAAACAACUAGCAAAGGAGCAGGAUAUCAGCCGAGGUGCGUCUGAGCCCCAAAAGGAUGAGGAUAUCCCCAAGGAGAAUAGUGUGGCCAAACCUAAACCAAAAUCACCUACUCCCGAAGUCUCUCUAGAAACCAGACCCGUUUCUAAUUCGGAGAACCGACCUAUUCCUGGUUCAUUUCCUCGGUCUCCGGCUGUGGCCAGCGCUAAUAUAAGCGCAUUAAACGUGAGCAACCCUGAACAAGCUAAAGUUCCCAAGUUCGUCUCGCCACUCCCUGAAUCACCCUGUGGCUCUUCACCAGAAAGUCCCGUAGUUGUUGAGGAUCCAGAAGUCCCCCAAGGGCAAGGGCGGAGCGCCAAUCAUAUCCAUAGCGAUCUCAAGCGAGCCAAUUUAUCAGAAGAAGAGCCAGUUAGAGAAGUCCAAAAGACCUACCAAAAUCAGGACAGACCGGCCGGUCAAUCCCGAGACCAAGAGGAGAUGAUAACGGUAAGCCACUAUUUCGCCGGUCGGCAACCCGGCGAUAAGAUGGUCUCGGCCAAAUUGCGCGAAGAGCCGCUUCACUCGGAUGUUAUCGAUAUUUCGGACUGA